GAUGGCCUGAAUGGAGACGGCAAUGGCGCCGUCGGGUUGGCCUCUGGGGCCAAGACCCUACCUCCGAAGGCAGCUGGGCCAGCUCCGAAGGCAGAGAGCAUUGGGAGCGCUUGGGGCCAGCCAGUAAGGGCGCCCAUGACAGCCGCACCUAACGGUGCGGGGGUCGGGGCAGGUUGGGGAGAUCCUGUUCCGGCAGGAAAACCACCUGCAGAUCCGAGAGUUGAUUGGUUCUGCCGGCAACAUAGCCUGGACGCAGCAGUUGAGAAAAGCCUCAGACAGCUGGGGCCAGAAGCACAACGUCGUGUGAUGGACGAGGGUCCCAUCGGCGACAACCCCUCCCUCGAAGUGAUGAACCGGAUCCAUCGCAUCGAAGCCUGGGAACAUGGCCAUCAUGUUGCGAGCUUUUGUGCUCGGCACCUCGUAUCGGCUCAGGCUCAGGAUGCUCUCAAAGCCUUGCCCGUGGAAGCCGCGCGCAAGGUGAUAUCGGCACCACUUGCCAGUCAGGAUCCUUCUGGUGAGCUCCUGGGUCGAUGCCAAGAUGUCUGCAAGGACAGGGCUUCCGGAACGCCUUUGCAAGUUAGAGCGAAGCUUCAAGCUUCAGGACACCACUGCGGCUGA